AUGGCUCCCAAGACGCAGACCAAGGGUGGCGCCUCCAAGGCGCCCAAGGGCUCCAAGCAGGCCAACGCUGCUGCUAAGGCUGCCCUCAAGGGUACCAACUCCCAGAAGAAGACCAAGGUCAGGUACACGACCAGCUUCCACCUGCCCAAGACCCUCCAGGUCUCGCGCUCGCCCAAGUACCCCCGCAAGUCGAUCCCUCACGAGCCCCGUCUCGAUGAGCACAAGGUCAUCAUCCACCCUCUCAACACCGAGAGCGCCAUGAAGAAGAUCGAGGAGCACAACACCCUCGUCUUCAUCGUCAACAUCAAGGCGAACAAGGCCCAGAUCAAGCAGGCCCUGAAGAAGCUCUACGACAUUGACACUGUCAAGAUCAACACCCUUGUCCGCCCCGACGGUUCCAAGAAGGCCUACGCCCGCCUUACGCCCGAUGUCGAUGCCCUCGACAUUGCUGCCACCAAGCUGGCCCUCGUCUAA